UUUGUGCCUCAAAUGCUCUCAGGAACCAUCCAGGUGGGAGACAUGUAGCUGAACUUUUUAGGUGGAAGGAAGGGAAAACUACAAAAACUUCCAGCCAAAGUCUGCAGUGCAUCCUGGGAAAUAAACUAACAUGGUUCCAGUUAUGGUGCAGCACACCUCGACGCAGAGCUCCUCCAGCGGCAAAGCUACACUUCCUCCCACCAGCUUCCCACCUACACUACAUCACACCUUCCUGCUGCAGCAGGAGCACUUGACUCAAGCAGUAAUACUUCUGAGACCUCAAUCAUGAGCUUCCUGUCAGCCAUGGAGUCUAGAAGCCUUCAGGCUGGUCCUGUUAGUGCCUCACUGCUUCCUCCUUUUAGACCCCCAUCAUGGCCUGCUGGUACCAACUCGUCUACCACAGAGCUGUAUUUGACCGGUGCCCUGCCUUCUACUGCCACUUUCCCCUCUCCUGCUGCUCUGUCGUCCUAUCAGCACGCUGGUGCCUACCCUUCCAGGAGUUAUGCUACCAACCCUUCCUUGGCUCUCCAGGAUCCUGCCUUCAGCACUUCCACCAAUGGCCUGUUUUCACACCAUGACCCCCUCCUCCAUCUCAAAUCAAGCCCGACUGUGCUCCCCACCGCACUGACCUUCAACCAUCUCUCUGCCCCCACUUUGGGCUCGGCUCUGCCUGUGCAGUCCUCCACUUACCGCUCAGCCCAGGAGUCAGCUCCCCACCUCCUACAACCCCAGUUCAGCCUGCUACCUUCUGGUCUCCCGACCCCUCACGGUGCCCCGCAACCCUACGGGGCCACGGUUUUCUCAGGCUCUAUUGAAAGAGCUCUUCAGCGCGAAUGUAGUGUAAUUAAACACCACCAGAGGCCUUCCAGCGCAGCCUCUGAGCAACUGCCCAAUUCAGAGCACUCCUUACAGGGGUACUUUGGCUCUGGCAGUGAUGUGGAUGUGUCCUACCAGCAGGACCCAUCCCGUCAGACCCCAGUGUCCUGCAGCCCUUCCACAGGAGCAGAUUCCUCUCAGGGGGUCAGUCGUGCUCCACAACCCAAAACAGACGCAGUAACUCAAGCUUAUUCGUCCACUUCUUUGCCGAAGGCUAAAGACUGCUCUUCCAAACUAGCUUCACACACUGCUGGGGGUGAAGAGAGUCACAAGCACUCGCAGAACCAUACCCGAGGGUCUCCUGAGCAAUAUUCCUCCCCAGGACAGAAGCAGAAUUCGGUGAUUGCUAAUCAGCAGUCGGUCCAGCUAUCCAACCUAAUGUCUAGCAGUCUGUCUCAAACCUACAUCACCCCCCACACUCAGUCACAGCCCUCCCAUUCUACCACAGAAAAACUUUCCCCCCUAUACAAGACUCUCCCUUCCCUUUCCAGCCAGUCUGAUAGCGUGGGAUCUGUUAGUCAGACUCUUGUUUACUCCUCCAGUCCCGGGCUGAGCCAGGAGCAGGAGAUCCAGUAUGGAGCUCAGGUCCAGGGCUUGUGUCAGGGAAAUCUCUCUGAGAGUUACCCCACAUCCCACUCUCAGGGUGCCCCGAAUGUGACUUUUACAUCUCAGUCACAGGGGCAAGCUUCGGCGACUCAGUCUCAGAGCUACACCACAGGACAAUCCCUUAACCAAUCCCUGAACUCCUCUUACCCAGCCACAUGUGUGCGAAAUCUGCCCACAUCAAAUUCUACACAGGACUACACUCUCAUGCAGGCCUCAGUGGGAGGUAAAACACAUGACACUCUGUCCCAGCAGCAGACACAGGCCCAUAAAUACAUUUUGUCUGCACCAUUGCCUACCUACUCUUCAAAUGCUCAAGCCUUACAGAAUAAUAUCAGAUCAUCAAUACAGGAUAUAAAGCCAACAUAUGGCAAACAGAAACUUGAAGAGCUUCCUAUCCAGGACCUUGAUGCUCUCCAGCAGGCAUCUAUGGAGGCCUCUGCCGCAGCUAACAAUAUGUCCGCUCACAACAAUGUCAUCUAUGUGGUUUCCAAAAUGGACGAUCAUCACAAAACACAAAGUGUUAUCCGAAGCAAUUCACGCUCUGAUGACCAGCUCAUGGGACUAGGUCAUACAAACGCAGCACAGGUAAAGGUUGAAAGGAUGGGUGCUUUGAGCCAACAGCACAUUCAUCUAAGCAGUGCCAAUGGUCAGGAAACUGCCAACACAAAAACUACAAACUCCAGUAUUAUAUCUUCACAUGUGCCCCUUAGCUCAGAGCAGCUCAAGCAGCUUCAACUCAAAUCUCCUGAGCCACAUCAACAAAACCACCAGAAUCACAGUCAGUCCCAGAGCCAGACCCCAGCAGGCCACACCCAAUUUAUCACCGUCCCCAGCACUCAGGUUCUCCUCGAGCACAACCAGAUGAUUCUGCUCCAGCAGCCCCUUAUCCACCAUGGUCAAAACACUUCAAAGGUGGUAUCAGUGCAAGGUAUCCAACCAACCCAAGAUUUGGGCCCUGUUCACGUCCAGUAUCUUCACAUGGAUCGAGAACUGCUGGGUCACAGUGUCACUGAAACCCAGAGUCAGCAGGGCACAGUAGUGUCUGAACAGAGCUCAGGGUGCCCUGAUUCCGCUAAACACCACUACAGCCAGUCGGCAAAUCAGCAACCAAAUGACGCCAAGAACCACUUUACUCUCAACUCCAUUUGCUUCCCCGACUCCAUGCUACUCGCAGAUGACAGAAAUAUUUUGUCAAAUGUCGACGACAUCCUGGCCGCCACGGUGGCAGCCUGUGGCGUCACACCACAAGACUUUGUCAAAGCUACAUCCUCGGCUGAGGCUGAAAUGGCAGUGAUGGCAAGCCCAGUUGAUUCUAAAGGUCACUUCCAGACUGUGGAUAUAAGGCACAUGUCCCCUAGUUUCUCCUCUGCCCAACAUCCAAUCAUCACCAACACUAACUCCCACACCAUGUCCAUGACACUAAAUGGAGCCCAGAUGAGCACAGACUGUCAGGGUCAGUCCGUUCACCACAACAACAGUUCUGAGCUUGACACAAAUGGAGAUGGUGGUAGCUCUGAGAAUGACUAUCACUUAGCCGGGCAGGUGUAUGACCCCUCAGGUCUGCAGAACAGAGUCAAAGGGCAUGCGAAGUGUAUUAAAACAGAGGAUGGCCUCAUGGAAUCUCCAGGCGGUGAAGACUUUCCCAAAAAGAAGGCUCGCUCCAAGUCCUUGACCAAACCAGGUGGUCCUGAGGAAGAUAGCGGACAGGCCAGAGCGGCCAAGCGCAGCGGGCAGGCAAAGCGGCAAAACUCCAGGGGUAGUGACGUUGGUUCCCCAUCUUCCUCACAGAGUGUAUUUGAUGGUUGUCCACAGCAGGAGAGAAUCAGACAGAAGAUCCGUGAAGUGGAAGAGAAACAGCCAGAGGUCAAAACCGGCUUCAUUGGCUCCUUCCUUGACUUCAUCAAAUCUGGCCCCAAACAGCAAUACUCUCCAAAUCCUACACGAACUAUUAGUCGCCCGAGGAAGCCCUGCACCCCGUCCAAACCACCGCUAUGUACUUUGCCUGCUCUGCCUUCCAAACUGCAGACUCUGCCCGGGCCCCUGAUUCCCCAGGAGAGUCAAGGAGCGAGCUCACAGCAGAAACGUCUGGAUGAAGAUCUGCAAAAGAACUUGGAGACUCUGCCGUCAUUCAGCUCGGACGAAGAGGAGAACACUGGGAAAAACCAGGCCCUGAGGAACAGCAUCAGCUCAGCGCUUUCAGCCCUGGAUGAGUCUUCGGAUCGGAAAACCAGGACAGAUAACCAAAUCCCUGUUUCCAUGAUGAAGCCAAACCAAGUACCCACCAUGCCACACACUGUCACUGAGAGCUGUUUGUCGCAGGUCACCGCUCCCAUACAGACGACAAAUACCAUCUCAGGAGCGACUGCAUUUGUGGCCAAAGAGGAGUCCAAAGAGACCCCACCGGGCCAGCUGGCUGUACAGUUGAUGAGUGUGGCCAUCGAGGGACUGACUGACGAGGAACUGUCGGACAGCGGAGGGGAGGGGAUGUACCGGGAGAGAGACGAGUUUGUUGUCAGAAAUGAGGAUAUCGAAAACUUGAAGGUGACAAUGAGAGCAGGCAGUGAACCUCCAGCCAUCUGGAAAGUCCAGAAGGCUCUGCUGCAGAAAUUUGUGCCUGAGUUGAGAGAUGGAAAGAGAGUGUUCUCAGCCACGAACAGUUAUCUUGGAUACUUUGGUGACGCCAAGACAAUGUACCAGAGGGUAUAUGUGAAAUUCUUGGACACGGUUAACAAAAGGGAGUAUGUACGAGUUUGUAGUCGGAAGCCACGCUGCAAGCCUAUGAACUCGCUGAGGGGCGUUCAGGUGAAAACUUUGCUGGGCUUGACAGCCCCCCCUUCCUUGGUCUCCCAAAGCCAAAAGCCUCGACCCAAACAACCCAAGCCCAGGGCAGAGCCACCACCUAAGAAGAGGAGGAAAUGGAAGGAGGAGUUUUCACCCACUGCCUCAGGAUCAUCUGCAGAAGAAGGUGGUGAAGAUGAUGAGUUAAACCCUCCAGUGCCAUUUACUUCACGGUUUCUCAACACACGAACCAUGAAGGAGACAUUCAAGAGCUUUGUGGAACUGCUCAUCAGCAUUGCCUUAGAUGAAGAUGUGAUGACAGAACUGGAGAGGACAAACGAUGAGUUACUGCUGCCACAUAUGAAAAGAGUAGAUGGGAUGAUCACUGACAACAGGAAACGCCUGCUUCACAAACUGCACAUAGGACAGGUCUUAAAGACGGCUCUAGACAACUUCCCAGAGAUCUCAGUGGUAACUGAACUGAAGAAGGAUGGGGAAACCCCAGCCUUUAAGGUGCGUCUCAGUGGGAAGGCCUACAAUAAGAAAACCAUGAAGCCCUACAAGAUGCCUAACAAAGUGCCACAGGAGUAUACGGUUGACCAGCAGAGGACUCAGUGGUUCUCUCUGUACCACUCUUUGCAGCAUUACAAGUAUCACACAUAUCUCAUGUGUAAGGAUGAGAUUGCGUCUCUGCGGGUGCAGGCUGGGGACCUCGGGCAGGAGGAGACGGUACAGAAGUGUCUGCAGAACGGCGCUUGGGUAGAGGGGCUCUUUGAUCGCUUCGGAGAGCUAAUCAAUCAAGUGCAGCAGGCCUGCCGAUGAUCAAGGCCUUGACUUUGGUUUAAAAGAGAGACUUAAAACAAGAAAGUCCAACACUUAAAAACAAGAGGAUGCCUCCAGCUCAGACUGGCAGCAGAGAAGGAUGGAGUGAAUAUCUCCUUCCAGCCACAGAGAUAUUUGAAUCAGGGAACUGUCAGCCGACUUGCCUAAAAGACAUGCGGAGGCCCGUGGCCUAAAAAGUGGCAGCAGGUGAACAGCGGGACAGCAGUAAAGUUUAUAGGCUGCAUCACUGCAUCCCAGCAGGAAGCAGUAACUUGAUCAACAGAGGACAAGGACUUUGUUUUUGGGAGCAUUUUGGAAGACUUCUAUUUAAUGCUUCUCCUAGUCUUUGUAGGCUUUUGUAGUUACAAGCCCACUUUUUAUGGGCCUUUUCAUAGAUUUAUAUAAUUUUUGUUUUUAUAUAUAUAUUUUUUGUUUUAGUUAAAUGCCAGAUCUUAACCAGUGAGUAGGCUAUGCACUAGAUAGAAAGUAAUCGGCAUAGGAAGUAGAGCACAGCAAAUAAAAAUGCAGAAAUCUAAAUUUCCUACAGUUAUAACAAGCCUUCAUCAAUUAUUUGAUAAGUAGGCUCUCACACAGAGAAGUUGAUUAUGUAAAAAAAAAAAAAAGAAAAAAUUCUAUAUAUUAUAUACAUAUAACCGUAGCUAUAUACUGUUUGUAAAACAUCCAUUUUGUAAUGGAGAGCCAACUUAUAUAUAAUGUACAUUUUGUAUAAAAGAACAGGGAGGUGGGAACUGCAGCAAUUCUCUUAAGGGGAAAUUAGUAACUAUAUACUGAAUCUAUAUUAUGGUUUAACUUUUGUGCUUCAAACACCCCAUUGCUUAUAAGAUGCAAGUCAGUGCCGUUCCAGUACUGCUUUUUAUGAAUUUUGUUAAUCAAAUAUUAUUACCUUGACUUAUCUGAGGUUAAACUGAAAUAAAUCAAAGUUGUCUUUAUACUCCUUUAAACACAUAGCCCACAUUUUUAUGACAAAUAGAUAUAUAUUUUUCACAGAAGUAAAUAUUGUUAUGUUCUCUUGUUCAUUACAAUUUCUGAGACACUUUUUCAUUGUUUUUUUCACAGUUUUCCAAAAUGGACUCUUUAUAAGUCAGUUACCAAUUUUAUGCUAUCAAAAAUAAUCUUGUUCUUUACAGAUGCAGUUUGUAAAUAAAGUGCCGCAUGUGUUAGGUG